GAAAUGAAGUUUGUGUGCCUUUGAAAUUAAAUCCCCCAUAUCGGUGUGGAAUCAUUUAGUUCUGUGAGUUUUUCCGUUUCAUUAUUUAUUGUUUUCACAUCGUUCGCUCGUAUUGAGAUUUGGUGGUACUAGCAGGAAAUGUCUGAUACAUGGAGGUCCAUCCAGGCCCACAAGAAGCAGCUGGACUCUUUGCGGGAGCGGCUGCAGCGACGAAGGAAGGAUACAUCGCAGCUGGGAUUAGACCUGACGAACCCAGAAGCCAGUCUGUCUCCUCGUAGUGACAGCCCAGUACCCGUUGUUUCUGUGCCAGGCACAAAACCACCUGCUGGAGACCAGGAGAUAACAAUCGAUCCAGAUCUUGAGAGGAAACUUCUAGAACACUUGUCGGAUCUCACCCUCUCAUUUCCUACUGAUGCCGUUUCAGUCCAGAAUGCCAUAUCAACGCUUGAAAAUCCUGUCACUUUGGCCAGCAUUGAGAGCCUUUUGCAGAAGUUUGCGGCACAGGAACUGAUUGAAGUUAAGGGUGAGUCUGUUCACGAGGGUGCACCCACUGUCAUCAUGUAUGCAGAUCACAUUAAGCUUUCUGCUAUGUUGGUGGUGUUAAAGGGUGAAUUGGCUGCAUCUGGAACAAAGAGGAAGCUAGAACAAGAGCCUGCUUCUGCUGCAACUUCAUUAGCCAUUGGUGAGAAGAAGGUGGCUGAGCCUGUGAAGAAGUCACGGAAACAGGCGUCCAACCUUGACCUGGAAAUUGAGUCUCUCUUGAACCAGCAGUCUACAAAAGAGCAACAGAGCAAGAAGGUGAGUCAGGAAAUUCUGGAGCUUCUCCACACCAGUACAGCGAAGGAACAGUCCAUUGUGGAAAAGUUCCGCUCAAGGGGUCGAGCACAGGUACAGGAGUUCUGUGACCAUGGCACAAAGGAGGAAUGCAUGAAGGCUAAUGAAGAAGAGGGACCAUGCAGGAAACUUCACUUCAGGAGGAUAAUUAACAAGCAUACUGAUGAAUCCUUGGGUGACUGCUCAUUCCUUAACACCUGCUUUCACAUGGAUACCUGCAAGUAUGUCCACUAUGAGAUCGAUGGCUCCCCAGAUGAAGAGGCUUGUGACUUGGGUGGUAAGCCUGGUGUACAGUCCCCCCAAGGAAAGACAACUGGGAGUGAGUCCAGUGUGGGCAAACUCUUCCCACCUCAGUGGAUCUGCUGUGAUAUUCGCUAUAUGGAUUUCAGCAUCCUGGGAAAAUUUGCAGUGGUAAUGGCUGAUCCCCCAUGGGAUAUCCACAUGGAGCUACCUUAUGGCACACUUACAGAUGAUGAGCUAAUGAAGCUUAACAUUCCUGUACUACAGGACGAGGGCUUCCUUUUCCUCUGGGUGACCGGCAGGGCUAUGGAACUGGGUCGGGAAUGCCUCAAUCUGUGGGGUUAUGAAAGAGUUGACGAGAUUAUUUGGGUGAAGACAAAUCAGUUACAGAGGAUCAUUCGGACAGGAAGGACAGGGCACUGGCUGAACCAUGGCAAAGAACACUGCUUGGUUGGUGUGAAAGGAAAUCCUCAGGGAUUCAACAGAGGACUGGACUGUGAUGUCAUUGUGGCUGAGGUCCGCUCUACAAGUCACAAACCAGAUGAAAUUUACGGAAUGAUUGAGCGUCUGUCUCCUGGGACACGGAAGCUUGAGCUGUUCGGAAGACCACAUAAUGUUCAGCCAAACUGGAUCACACUUGGCAACCAGCUUGAUGGAAUUCAUCUGCUUGAUCCAGAUGUCGUGGCCAGCUUUAAGAAACGUUAUCCAGAUGGAGUAAUUUCCAAACCCAAAAAUAUGUAAAGUUACCUGUCGCAACAAGGUUUUGAGGUUGUGAUUUACUGUCUUUGCUUUAGAUCAUAAAUAUUAAUGUGUGAAGGAACCCUUCCAUGAAGAACAUUCCCAGUUGGGUUAAAGGACAAGUCACUUUUAAACAAUAUUUCAAAGGAGUUGAUGUUUGUGUAAAUAUGUCUUUUGAAUAAAGUUUCUGAAGUAUAA